AAUGUCUACCGCUGCGUGUGAGUGUGUGUAGUUGUUUUUUCUUCUGUUUGUGCUGAAAUCGUCCAUGAAGCUUUGCUUUUGUUUUGUAUUAUUAAUCGAAAUUUUUAAUAAAAAUCGGGCCGGUAAUUUUUAUAUAUUAACCGGUAACAGCAAUAAAAAUGGAGGCUACAUCAGAGUCAAUCAGCCGAUUGCUAACAGGCGGCUCGGCUGAGGAGUAUCUACAGUGUCCUACGUGCGAGUGCAAGCUACAGCAUUGGGAAGUGAAGCCACACUUUGACCAGGAAAUGGAGCGCUUAAAACAAUUACAAAUGAAAGCAGUAAGUGAGGCAACUGUCGAGUUAACACAGCAAAGUGCUAGCAAUACAGUGGUACAUAAUGAGGAGCGACGUAAGCCUUGGACUAUAUUCCAGCGGGUGCAACGAAAUCGGCAUACACGUCUCAGGCGAAGAACUGGUAAACGCCCCCCACCACCAACCGAACAGCAAUGCCCAGUGUGUAACGCCUCUUUUCCAUUAGAAGAAAUAGAGCAACAUGCAGAACAGUGUCUACGCCGCACUAAUGGCGCAGUCAAUGGUCCUGAUGGUGGUAGUUCAAGCAAUGAAGACGAGAAUGGCGAGGAAUACGAAGAAUAUGAAUGGGCUGGUCAAAAACGUAUACGUGUUUCCAGUCUCUUACAAGGCGGUUAUGCUGCAAUCGGUGUAGGACAGUCUGUAGCAAACCACAGCGCUGGCAGUGUUCCAAAUAACUCCCAGAUUGGCGACGAAGAGGAAGAAGAUUUAAAUGUAGACGAGGAUGACACUCAUUUAUAUGGGCCGGCGCAGUACGCUGAAUCUGAUGUUAUACCACCCAUAGCGGAGGAGAAUGGCAAUAGUGCAGAUGGUGAUGUUACUAGUUACAUGCGACGUCUAAUAACUGGCUCUACUGAAACAACUCUAAUCAGCGCUAAUGCGACGGAGUUGCAACGCGCAAUUAAUAGUACUAAUACGUUAGCUGGAAAUAUAGAAUUAAGCAUUCCACGGGCUGAAAUAACUGCCGAUUUGGUUUCUAAAGAAAAGCAAGAACUCAAAUCACAUACUGUUGCGCAGCAAUAUAGUUCGCAGAUAAUAGAGUCAUUGAAAAGUAAAUUGCGACAUUAUGAAAAUCAAGUGCAGAAUAAGUUUAAAUGCUUGAUUUGCUUAGACGACUACCGAAAUCCAGCUAUAUCGGUAGCUUGCUGGCACGUGCAUUGCGAAGAAUGCUGGCUGCGCUCGCUAGGAGCACGAAAGCUCUGCCCACAGUGCAAUUUGAUUACAACACCAAAAGAUUUACGUAGAAUUUAUAUGUGAAAGAAGCGUAGUAAUACAAGUAUUUGGUAGAAGUAUAAUAAGUUUCCUACGUAUACGGAUUUUAAGAUUUAUUUAAAUGCAAAUGUUUUUCAUUUCAGUACAUUUGAAUCAGUUUUAUACAAUUUUUCGUAUUUUCAUGCAAAUUUAUACACUUAUACAUUUGAGAUAAGCGUGAUAUAUUAAAAUAAUAUAGCUAGUAUUUAAGAAAACAGAUCCGAAGCUGUGUUGCAGUUACAAUAAAAAUACAAGACAUUAAGCUGUAAGAAAUUGUGGUAAACAUAAAUAACGAACACUUAAUUGAAAUUUUUGAAUUCUGCAUCUCUGAAGCAAGUUGGCGAAGAAAGUGUAAGGGUUCGAAUAGUAUAAGAAUUUCUAAGACCCGCCGUUUUUUUGCGGCUACUUAAUCUUCCUUUAACACAAAUGUCUUUAAUCGUCGGAGUUAAAUUGACGGUAUUGAAGGCUUCCUGAAUAAGAGAAGUUUAAAAGGCAGGUAAAGUGUUGAUUAGUGUCAUUCGGGUAUCAGAGUAAUGCAUAUUUAGAAAACUGUUAAAAAGCGUGGAACUUUCCCAAAGAGGUUUGCUGCUGGACCAGAGAACGCUGCUGGAGUGACCGACCUUAUGCAGGUAUACAUACAUACAUACGUACAUACAUUCAUCCCUGUAGUGAAGAUUUCAGUUAAAAGUAGUUUUAGCAAAAUAUUUUAUGUUUAAUUGGUUUUUGAAUAUCCGGUGGCAAAGGUUAGCCGCUUAAGCCAUUUUGAGGACUUUCACCAAUCCGUGCCCUCAAAUUAGUGCUCCCUUAAAUAAGAAAAUAUUUCAUCUCUGUUUUCAUGAAUCAUUGUUUGCUUUUUUUAUCGAAUACCUUGAUUUUUAAUCUAAUCUAAUAGCUUAUUCGCUACUACUUUACCGUUAUUCCUUAAUUCCUUAUUCUAUUUAAUUUAAAUUGCAACCUUUUUACAUGCAGUAACGCUACAUAAAUUGUACAUAAAUCUUUAGAAAAACCCCUCCCAUUUACGGCAAGAGAACGGCAUUUUGUAAAAUGCGAAUCUUGUAUGGCUUUUGUGGUUCCGUUUUUCAUUUCCACUUUCAUCUUUUUUCCGUUCGUAAAUAUUUACGACAGAGAACGUAAUUAAUUUACGAUCACUCUUUCAGCAAGCCCAACACAAGCAGAAUUGAAAAUAUUUGUAAACGUUCAAAAUAUCCCAACAAGCAUUUCAGUAAAGCUGAUGCCAGAUAAAACUUUGGGGCUUUGAUAUUUAUAACUC